AAUACCUCGCCCCCAAGUCCUCACGCAGCAUAGGGCUUUGCCUUUCUCGCUGCAGGCAGGAAGAACAGCACUUGCAAGGAGCAGCAGGUGCAGUAAGGUGGCGGGGUGUCUCCUGCUUUCUGGAACCGUGACCCGUGGAAUUUCUUUCUCUGUUCCAGCUCAACGCAGGAGAAACGCUGUUUGCAGAUUACAGAACUCAAGUGCUUCCUGAAGCUUAGAAGUGGAGGAAUUCAAAGCCAAGGAUAUACAGCACAUCUAGAAGAUUUUAUUUGAGCGUCAAGUCUUCUUGUAAAGAAGGGGUUCUGUCCAGAAAGAGCCUACGAGCCCUCCCGUCUGUGUUAAACAGGGCUUUUUGACCUCAGGUGCUGGCUCAGGACCCUGCUGCAAAAGGGUCUGUGUGUGUAGAGAGGAGGGCUUAAUCGCUUAGCAGAAGAAUGGAUAACGUCCUCCCAGUGGACUCAGACCUCUUCCCAAACAUCUCCACCAACAUCUCGGAGCCUAACCAAUUUGUGCAGCCGGCCUGGCAAAUUGUCCUUUGGGCAGCUGCCUACACAGUCAUCGUGGUGACCUCCGUGGUGGGCAACGUGGUGGUUAUGUGGAUCAUCUUGGCCCACAAGAGAAUGAGGACAGUUACUAACUACUUCCUGGUGAACCUGGCCUUCGCAGAGGCCUCCAUGGCUGCAUUCAAUACAGUGGUGAACUUCACCUACGCGGUCCACAAUGAGUGGUACUAUGGCCUCUUCUACUGCAAAUUCCACAACUUCUUCCCCAUUGCUGCUGUCUUUGCCAGUAUUUACUCCAUGACGGCUGUGGCCUUCGAUAGGUACAUGGCCAUCAUCCACCCCCUCCAGCCCAGAUUGUCGGCCACAGCCACCAAGGUGGUCAUCUGUGUCAUCUGGAUCCUGGCUCUCCUCCUGGCCUUCCCCCAGGGCUACUAUUCGACCACGGAGACCAUGCCCAACAGAGUGGUGUGCAUGAUCGAAUGGCCAGAGCAUCCCAACAAGAUUUAUGAGAAAGUGUACCACAUCUGCGUGACUGUGCUGAUCUACUUCCUCCCCCUGCUGGUGAUAGGUUAUGCUUACACUGUGGUGGGCAUCACACUGUGGGCCAGUGAGAUCCCUGGGGACUCCUCUGACCGCUACCACGAGCAAGUCUCAGCCAAGCGCAAGGUGGUUAAGAUGAUGAUCGUUGUUGUAUGCACCUUUGCCAUCUGCUGGUUGCCCUUCCACAUCUUCUUCCUCCUGCCUUACAUCAACCCUGAUCUCUACCUGGAGAAGUUUAUUCAGCAGGUUUACCUGGCCAUCAUGUGGCUGGCCAUGAGCUCUACCAUGUACAACCCCAUCAUCUACUGCUGUCUCAAUGACAGGUUCCGUCUGGGCUUCAAGCAUGCCUUUCGGUGCUGCCCUUUCAUCAGUACUGGUGACCAUGAAGGGUUCGAAAUGAAAUCCACUAGGUACCUCCAGACCCAAGGCAGCAUCUAUAAAGUCAGCCGCCUGGAGACCACUGUCUCCACAGUGGUGGGGGCUCAUGACGAAGACCUGGAGGAAGGCCCCAAGGCCGUGCCCUCAUCCCUGGACCAGAUCUCCAAUGACCCCUCUCACAGCGACUCUAAGACCACGAUGGAGAGCUUCAGCUUCUACUCCAACAUGCUCUCCUAGACCACUGGGCUUUCAGCAGGCACGGCCAACUCUAUCUUUGUCUUGCUUCAUUUCAUGCAUGGAUAAAUCUUCGGUAUAAAAUCCAUAAGAAACACCCUUGGGGCUUGUGAAAGGCUGAGAAUAAUUUGAGGAAAACAUUCCAUUCUGGAGUUAAAAACCUACAUUCUUCUAUAUCUUUGUCACACACACGCUGCGUGACCCAAAAAAAUCAUUGACUUC